AUUAUUUAUCGACUGGUAACACACAGCGUCUCCCGAUUAUUUCAUGAAGUGAAGCACGAAUAUUGGCUUCCCCAAAAGUAAAAUCCGAUUAGCGUGGGUCUGUCUCGCUAUCGUACUUUUUUCGUACAAUACCCAUAAAGAAAAUGAGAAAACGUAAAUCUUUAAAGUUAAACGAAGAAGAUUCGGAUGGGUCAGGGCAGGGCGGUGAACCAGAAGAAUUUCAGGACUCUGGUGAAGAUUGGACGCCGGACGCCGAUUCGAACGAACCUGCAUCUCGUACUGGCAGAAAACGUGUAUCAAAGCCACCGGUGAACAACACCAAAAAGAAACGUAAAAACUCAUCAUCUGAAGAAAGCGAGGGUGAAGGAGAAGAGGAUGAAGAAGCCGAGGAUGAAGAAGGGGAACUUGAUGAAGAAGAAGGAUCUGAUGAUGAGAAAAACGGAUCCGAUGGAAACAAAUCUGAUUCAAGUCAAUCGAAAGAUGUACCAAAGCAUUUCCAUUCAGGAAAUUUUGUCUUGCUGAAAUCAGAUGUAAAAUGGGAUGGAGAUACUGUAAUAUCAAAACUUGAUGAACUGAACUUGUGGAAAAUUGAUGGCAAAGCAUUAUUACAGAAAUUUAUCCCAAUGGAAUCAAAUGGAAGAGUUUUACACAAAUGUACAUGUGUGUAUUCUGGGUGGAAUGUUGACAACCGUGACAAUUAUUACCCCAUAACCGAAAUACUGGAUCGCAAUCCACGCACAGACUCCAAGGAAAUAUGUGUAGCAUUAGACUUAAAUGAUCUUAUCAAAGUUAGAGACAAGUAAACUCAGGGUGUUUGAUUUUUUACAUAACACAAUUAGAUAAGUGAAAGUACCAAGUAAAAGUUUAUUUUCUCAGGUCAUUCCAGAUUAAUUUGUGUAACACAAAUGUUUAUAAGAUGGGGAAUAAAUGUCUACAACUACA